AGCUAGGACUCUGCCAGCAGCUGGCUCCGGGGUUGCGCUCUCUGUGGUCGCGCUCUCCGAGUUGAGAAUGGAGAGCAGGGCGCGGAGCUCUUCCAAAGAGGCUCACGGGAAAGGUGGCAGGUCCUCUUCAAGGGAUGACAAGAAGGCAAAGGCCAGGAGGGGCAGCAGAAGUCGCGCGCGCCCGGAUGCUGGGGCAGAGCGGCAGAGCGCCGGGCGGACUGGGACGCGAGGGGAGCCCCGAGCUCCCGCCGCCACAGUAGUGGACGUGGACGAGGUUCGGGACCCGGGUGAGGAGGGCACGGAAGUGGUGGCGCUGCUGGAGAGCGAGCGACCCGAAGAAGGGAUCAAGCCCUCUGGAUUAGGGGCCUGUGAGUGGCUUCUUGUCCUCACCUCCCUGGUCUUCAUCAUCAUAACGUUCCCCUUUUCCGUCUGGUUCUGCAUAAAGGUUGUGCAAGAGUAUGAAAGAGUAAUUAUAUUCCGACUGGGACAUCUGCUUCCUGGAAGAGCCAAAGGUCCUGGCCUGUUCUUUUUUUUACCCUGCCUGGACACCUAUCACAAGGUUGACCUCCGUCUCCAGACCUUGGAAAUACCUUUCCAUGAGGUGGUAACCAAAGAUAUGUUUAUAAUGGAGAUAGACGCCGUCUGCUACUACCGCAUGGAAAACGCCUCUCUUCUUCUAAGCAGUCUAGCUCAUGUGUCCAAAGCCAUCCAGUUCCUAGUGCAAACCACCAUGAAGCGCCUCUUAGCACAUCGAUCCCUCACUGAAAUUCUCCUGGAAAGGAAGAGCAUUGCCCAAGAUGUAAAGGUUGCCUUGGACUCAGUGACUUGUAUUUGGGGCAUCAAAGUGGAGAGAACUGAAAUUAAGGAUGUGAGGCUGCCAGCUGGGCUUCAGCACUCUCUGGCUGUGGAGGCUGAGGCACAAAGACAGGCCAAAGUGCGGGUGAUUGCUGCAGAAGGGGAGAAGGCUGCUUCUGAGUCCCUGAGGAUGGCAGCUGAGAUCCUGUCAGGCACCCCAGCUGCUGUCCAGCUUCGAUACCUGCACACGCUUCAGUCAUUGUCCACAGAGAAGCCGUCCACCGUGGUUUUGCCUUUGCCAUUUGACAUGCUAAACCUUUUGUCUUCUCCCAGCAGCAGAGCACAAGGAAGCAUCAACUACCCGAAUUCUUCCAAACCUGUUGAACCACUAAAUCCCAAAAGGAAGGACUCUCCUAUGUUGUAGGUGAAUGGGAAAAAAGCAAUGUGAAUCUGCCAUCUAAAGCCACAUCUAUGACUGAGGCAUUUGGUCCCCACCCCUGCCCUGCACUUGUUUGGUUGCCAGAUAGAAUGCCCUUUGAAUAUAUGAUGUCACAAGAUGGCCACAUGCAUGAGAACACAGUGACAGUGAAGACAUCCAACCACACAAGUGGGUUGUCAUAUUAAUUACAGGACAAAGAUUUAGAAUAUUGAAUUGACGGGUGGUCUAAUUUUGAUUUCUGAAGACUUAGUUCAGAUACC